GUUUGCUGUUUGUGCGCGCUCUGCAACGAAAAAACAUCAUGUUAGCCAAGUUUCAGGCGUAUUUUAGCAGCGAGGCAACGGCGCUCGAGAAGUCGGCGUACGCCGUCAUCGGCAGCGCCAUGCUGAUGUUCAGCACGUUUGCGCUCGUGGGACCCCGCUGGCUGCCUGCGUGCGACUUGACCCAGCGGGCAGAGCUGUUUCCGAACGCGCAUUACGGCGCUGAUCGCAGCCCGUGCUGGUACCGGCGAUAUGCGCAGCUCGGCGGGCUGAGCAGCUUCGAGGCGGACAUGUGCCGGCGGCUGCUAUUUGCGCUCCUGUGCGGCACACUCCUCGGCACCGAGCGGUCAACCUCCAGUACGCCAGCGCCGGUCAAGUCGAUGUGCAUGGUGACACUCGGCGCCUGCAUAUGCACCAUCUGCUCUAUGUUCAGCGAGCUGAAUGGCCCCCUCUCCUUCGACGCAGCCCGUGCCACCGCGCAGAUCCCAAAGGGGGUCGGCUUCAUCUGCAGCGCAGUCCUCUGGCGGUCUGGAGGCGGCUACACGAACGCCGUCCUCAAGGGGACAGUCUCGUCAACCUCCUUCUGGGCAGGCGCCGCCAUCGGCGCCAUGGCGGGCGGAGGCAUCUACGGCCCGGCUCUCUUCGCAACCAUGCUUUGCGUGACGGUGAACCAGCUCGGCAAGCGCGGCGCCUUGCGGCCUAUCGCGUCGGAGGCGGGAGGCCUCCUCGCGCCGCUCACCGAGUCGCUGCUCGCCCCUCCCGCGGGGACACCAACCUCCCCCGGUGCUAGACCGGAGCUCGAGAGUGGCUGAAGCGAACCGAGCACGCGUCCGGGGAGGAGCUGUACAGUAGGCUGCUUGGGGCUUGGCAGAGCUCACAAGAACUAUUACCCCCGGUACUGUGCACAAUCAUUACGGGAGCGAAGGGUGUGUGCAGUGUGGAGAGUAAUGGACAUCUCUGCGCUCAAGAACAGGAGAUCGUUGGGGUAGAGAUAGUAGAUUAAGACUGGAACGCCCGGCA